GCGAGGCUCUCAAGACAGCAUCGAGGUGGACGCAAGAUGCGCUGAGACGCAGAUGGAUGUGAAGAGAGGAGCCGUGCUUGCUGCUCUGCCUUGCGAAGCAGGAGCAAGUGGCCCGAGGGGCAAGUCGAUGCCGCAGAUGGCACGCCCUCGCGCGCGCGUCUGGCGGCCGUCGUGGCGCGCCAGCUGCUCGCGCCCGGCCCUCCCAUCGUCAGCAGCCCUGUCCUGCGCCUGGCGUCGCGGCUCCCUGCAGACCAAGCACGACUAUGCUGCUGCCGCUUGAGCGCGCGAGAACGAAGAGUUCGGCCAGGCGAGC